AUGGGACUCGGGAUGAAUCAGAAUUGUUCUCAUGAAACGAAGCACAACGGCUGUUCUAGAGAUGCUCAGAAGACGGUCUGCUAUACCCGGAUAAUUGGAAGGAAGAGGGUCCUCCCGAAAACGCCGGAAGAGUCGCUGUUCAAGAGGACUUGCUGUUCGCCAUUGGAUGACCCAACUCAAAAGCCUCUUAACAGGAUGCUGCCUCGUGCAGAAUCUUCCGGUCAUCUCGAUCAUUUGCCGGAAGAUCUUAUGGUAUCUAUCUGUUUCAUUAUUUUUCAGUUCAUUCCGAUUAUUGUUUCGCCAUACAUUGCAAUGCAGCAGGUUAUAAAAAUAAAAUUCCUCAACAGCUUCAGUACUCAUGAUAUUCCGAUAAUUAUUUCUCUAGAAAUUCCAGUGAUGUAGGAUAUAAUAUAUUUUUUCCCUUGAAUUUUAUUUAUUCAUCGAGUUCUAGACUAUUAUCCAUUCCCUUAGAAAUUUCAACUGUCGGUUCAAAAUGUCAACGAAAAAUGCUGCUGGUUGUAGUUUCAUUUCUUGGGGAAUUCUUGAGUAUUAUUUCAUGGGAAGUCUUAGUUUCUAAAUCUUUUAUAAAGUUUUGCCCAAAUUUUUCGUUGCCCGGGGGAAAUAUUUAAUGGGUUGGGUCAUGAACAUAUUAUUUUUCUCUGAUGAGUUUCUCGACAAAUGGGAUUCUGAUUAUUAAUUCCGAAAGUAGUUUUGACUUUUUGGGGUAUAAAUAUUGAAUUCUGAGUACGAUUUCUGGAGAAUCUCCGAGAUCAUUGACCCUAAAGAAAUAUACUUUCCCUUGGAUUAAAAGCUCCAUCACUCCUGGAAUUAUGACUCCUCAGGGUCUAAAUUAGUUUCUUCCUUGGUUAUUUAAGGUCAGCAUCAUCUCCCGGGUGGACCAUGGCGACCUCAGGCAUCUCCUUCUCGUGUCCAAGUCCGUCCGAGAUGCUGUAAGCUCUCUCUCUCUCUCUCUCUCUCUCUCUCUCUCUCUCUCUCUCUCUCUCUCUCUCGCUACAUCGAGAGCAAGAACCCUUUUUUUUAUAUACAUGCGCCGCGGAUCGCCACCCUUCUAAGUCAACCCCCGAUUCCUCUUUCUCUCUCUAUACAGGCCAUAAUCUCUAAAGAGUCCCAUUUUGACUUCAAGACUCCCCUCUCGAGGCCUGCAUUUCGAGGAGGAGAUCUUCUGGACAGUGAAGACGAGCAUGGCGGAGAUCAGGCCGGAGACGAUGACCGCGAAGCUCCGGGGGCGCCAAGGAGGGUUUCUCGGACCCGAACCAGCCGCAAAGACCUGACCGCCAUCACCGUCGCCCUGUUCUCAGGCCCCGGGGAGUGA